CGGAGGCGCGCGGAAGGAAAGUGUUGUCGCGGUGUGUCGUUCAUUCUUCACCGUCGCCCGGAAACGUUAAAAAGUGACCGAGAGCGACCGAGCUGAGGAGACCCGCGACAUGGACGGAAUAUUUCACCAGUGGGGAACUUCACAGGUGCCUCAAGCAGGUCCUCCUCGUGUGGAGAUCAUCGAGCAGCCUAAAUCUCGAGGGAUGCGUUUCCGCUAUAAGUGUGAGGGUCGAUCGGCCGGCAGCAUCCCUGGAGAGAAGAGCAACGACACCACAAAAACACACCCCGCCAUCAGGGUUCACAACUACAGUGGGCCGGUCAGAGUGCGGAUCUCCUUGGUAACCAAGAAUCAGCCGUAUAAGCCACACCCACACGAGCUGGUGGGAAAAGACUGCAAACAUGGCUACUAUGAGGCAGAUCUGCAGGAGCGCAGGAUACACAGUUUCCAGAAUCUGGGUAUUCAGUGUGUGAAGAAGAAGGAUGUGGGAGAAGCUGUUUCCUGCAGACUGCAGACGCAAAACAACCCAUUCAAGAUUCCCGAUGCAAAGAUCUGGGAGGAGGAGUACGACCUGAACGCGGUGCGUCUGUGUUUCCAGGUCUCCAUCACUCUGAGCAGCGGAGAUCUGUUCCCUCUGGACCCCGUCGUCUCUCAGCCCAUAUACGACAACAGAGCUCCUAACACUGCUGAGCUGAAGAUCUGCCGCGUCAACAGGAACUCCGGCAGCUGUCGAGGAGGAGACGAGAUAUUCCUGCUGUGUGACAAAGUGCAGAAAGAGGACAUCGAGGUGCGCUUCUUCCUGGACUCGUGGGAGAGUAAGGGCUCGUUCUCUCAGGCUGAUGUGCAUCGGCAGGUGGCGAUAGUGUUCCGCACGCCGCCCUACUGCGACGCUAACCUGACCGAGCCACUGCGCGUCAAGAUGCAGCUGCGCAGACCGUCCGACCGCGAGGUCAGCGAGCCCAUGGACUUCCAGUACCUGCCCUCAGACCCAGACGAGCACCGGCUGAUCGAGAAGCGCAAGAGAACUGAAGGAAUGCUGCAUAAUCUCAAGUUGAGCAGUAUCAUCACAGGGUCCUCGAUGUCUGCUGAAAGACGGCCGUUCACUACGGCUAAACGAACUCUACCCGUCUCCAAACAGCCGGUGGCAGCCACUGUACCAGCAGUGUCCACCACUCUUCCGCUGAAGCCUCCACCCUCCUCUUUUUUUCCUCCGCCCCCCGGUCAGCUCUUUACCCAGCAAAAGAUGGAGCCCUCAACCUCUUCCUCCGACAUCUGGAAGUUUCUGCAGACCAUGACGGUGGACAGUCAGCCCAAAGCGGUGCCGGUGCUCCCCUUCCCCAGCGGACCCGUUCCAACCCCUCUACCCACCUGCCUGACACAGGCUUUUCCCACCGUUAACCUGUCGGAUCUGCAUGACUGCACCAUCAACAGCUCCAUAACCGCAGAGCCCGCCGCUCUCAAAGACCCAGAACCAGCUCCAGAGGUGCAGAGUUCGUUCACCAUCAGGAUGGAUAACACAUUUACAGACGAAGAUCUGCCGGAUUUCCCAAGCUUCUCGGAGGUGCAGCCUUCAGAUGACGGCAUCUACAACGAGGCCAUCCAGGAGAUCCUGGAUCAGAGCACCCGGCGGGAAGAUUCCAAACCCAGCAAUGAGUUACCCAAUGACUCCUUCACCACCUCCUGGAUGGGCUACCAUCCCAACUUCUCUAGUCUGAUCGGUAGCGUGACCGCGCAGGAUAACGGUGCCGGUGCGGCGGCGGCUCCGUCUGUUCUGGACGAUCUGGAGGAGCUGACCUCUAUAGAAGACGAGAGAUUCAUGUCUCUGUUCGAGAGCAGCGACAUGAGCGCCUUCCACUUCUGACACAAACUCUCACACGGAGGAACGGUCAGUGACUCUCUUAAAGAGACAGUACAUGCUAACACACACGUUUACUCUCCAUUUAGUCUUGUGGUAUGCAUAGGGUGAGGAGUUUUAUUUUAGUUAAACACAAAAGAAGAUGUUUUGAAGAAUGUUGGAAAAGCCUCUGUGUUUUUCUGAAGAUGUACAGUGCCCCGAAACAUUCUUAAAGAGACAGUACACUCUAAAUUAAACAUUUACUUAUCAUUUAGUCCUGUGGUUGCAGAGGGCGAACACAAAAGAAGAUAUUUUGAAGAAUGUAGGAAAAGCCAUUGACAUCCAUAGUGUCCCCCCCCCCCUUUUUGUCCUACAAUCAUUCUUAAAGAGACAGUACAUGCUAAAUUCACAUUUACUCUUCAUUUAGUCAUGUGGUUGCAGAGGGUGAACUCAAAAUCAGAUGUUUUGAAGAAUGUUGGAAAGGUCAUUGACAUCCAUAGUGUAUUUUUCCUAUUGUGAACGGUCAGUGCUGCUAAUAUACAGUACAUUCUUAAAGAGACAGCACACUCUAAAAUGGUAAAAUACUCUUCAUUUAGUCAUUUUGGUUUUCUGUUGAACACAAAAGAAGAUGUUUUGAAGAAUGUUGGGAAAUGUAAUGUUUUCUAAUCGCACUCUGUUUUGUCAUGUGGUUGCAAAGGUUAAACACAAAAGAAGAUGUUUUGAAGAAUGUUGGAAAAGAUGUUGAUAUCCAUAGUGUUUACUUCCACUUUUUUUUCCCUACAAACAUCCUUAAAGAGACAGUACACGCUAAAUGCACAUGAACUUUUCAUUUAGUCACAGAGUUUCUGUUGAACACAAAAGGUGUUUUGAAGAAUGUUGGAAAAGCCAUUUUUUUUAUAUUGUGAACAUUGAGUGCUGAUAUUAUACAGUGCCCAAAUCAUUUUUAAGAGACAGUACACUCUAAAAUUACAAUAUACUCCUCAUUUAGUCGGGGGUUGCAGAGAGUGAGUUUGAUUUUAGUUGAACACACAAGAAGAUGUUUUGAGGAAUGUUGUUCUAUCCAUUGUGUUUUUCUGAUAUACAGUGCCCAAAUUGCUCUAAAAGAGAUGGUACACACUAACAUACACAUUUAGUCUUCAUUCAGUCAUGUGGUUUCCAGAAGUUGAACACAAAAUGAGAUAUUUUGAAGAAUGCUGGAAAGGCCAUUGAAAGCCACAGUGUUUUUAUCUGUUGUGAAUAGUCAGUUCUGAUGAUAUACAGUGCCCAAAUGAUUCUUAAAGAGACAGUACAUGCUACUCUCGAUUUAAUUAUGUGGUUGCAGAGGUUUAGGAGUUUCUGUUAAAUACAAAAGAAGAUGUUUUGAAGAAUGUUGGUAAAGCCAUUGUCUUUUUCUGACAUACAGUGCCCAAAUCAUUCUUAAAGAGACUAACAUACUAACAUACUCAUUUACUCAUUUUACAUACAAUUUACCUCAUUUAGUCACCCUUGUGAGGUUGCAAAGCUUUAGAGAGAUAUACCAAUGAAUGUUGGAAACCUGUAACCAUUGACUUCCAUAUAUUUGUUUUUCCUACUGUCAAAGUCAAUGGUUCCAGCUUUCUUCAGUUUAUUCACUCGUGUUCAACAGUGGAAAGAAACUCAGAAAGGUUUGGGUGCGAUUGAGGGAGAGUAAAUGGUCUGGUAAAUGUUUUUUUGAGUGAACUGCCCCUUUAAGGGUUGAGAAUCUCAAGCAAAUUCAGGUCAUCUGGGCAGGAGCAGCUCUAACAUUUGUAGCUUAAAAAUAAAACACAUAAUUUAUAAUCAUUUACACAAUGAAGACUGUACUGUUAUACAUCUGAUUAUUCUGAGUCUCCAGAAACCCACAGAAGCUCUGUUUAUAUCAUUUGUCUCUUUGCUCUGUAGUAUUUAUACUCUUAAUUUGUUUAUUAUAUUUCAUAUGCUCUAAUCUAAAGUAAUGAAUCCUAUUAAAAUAGAGCUGUUCAGUUCAUCUGGUGAAAUUGCAUUCAUAUUGCAAAUAUAUAUAGCAGAAAAGCUAAAUAUUGCACUAAAUAUUAUAUGGGGCAGGCCUACAUUUGAGCAUAUAUUCAAUUAUCAAUAGUUUGUUUCGACUUAAUAAAUAUAUAAAUAUAUAUAUAAUAUACACACACAUAUUAUGUAUAAGUGAUAGACACUCAUAGAAAUAAAACUACACAACUAUUUUGUUACAGAUAUUUAAAUUCAUAUAAUAUUUGUGUCAUAUACAGUAUAUUAUAUAUCUAAAUAUAAAUAAAUAUUUGCUCAAAUAUAUGGAU